UUUUGCAACUUAAGCAACACUUUGGCUUCAGUACAAAAUACAAAAUGGCUUCCAAACUAGGACGGACGAUUUUUGGCCAGUUUUUGCAUCGAUCUGCACAAACUAACGUUAUAUUGCCUUUUCAAUGCAUUAAAAGAUGCAUGGCGACAGAAGGUCAAUACGUUAUCACAGACAAGAAAGGGGAAAAACAAAAUGUGGGUUUCAUUCAGCUAAAUAGACGGAAGGCUCUGAACGCUCUUUGUGAUGGCCUAAUGAAAGAAGUAUCAGAUGCUCUGGAUGCAUUUGAAAAGGACAAAGAUGUGGGAUGUAUUGUCUUAACUGGUGGGGAUAAAGCAUUUGCUGCUGGAGCGGACAUAAAAGAAAUGAAGGACCGCGAGUUUGCUGAAGUGUAUAGUGGAAGUUUCCUGUCCAACUGGGAUAGACUGGCAAGAUGCAAGAAGCCUGUAAUAGCAGCUGUUAAUGGAUAUGCACUAGGCGGUGGUUGUGAGAUAGCCAUGAUGUGUGAUAUCAUUUAUGCUGGAGAGAACGCACAGUUUGGGCAACCAGAGAUUACACUUGGGACCAUACCUGGGGCUGGAGGCACUCAGAGACUGUGCAAAGCCAUCGGCAAGUCAAAAGCAAUGGAGCUGAUUCUCACAGCUGACAGAAUGACUGCUCAGGAGGCAGAAAAGUCUGGUUUGGUGAGCAAGGUUUUCCCUAUUGACCAGACAGUGAAUGAAGCCAUCAAGACAGCAGAGAAGAUAGCAGGCUUCUCCAAAAUAACCUCAGCUAUGUGCAAGGAGGCGGUCAAUGCAGCAUAUGAACUCUCACUGCAAGAAGGGUUACACUUUGAGAAGCGAAUCUUCCACGCUACCUUUGCAACAGCUGACAGAAAGGAAGGCAUGACAGCUUUCUCUGAAAAAAGGAAGCCGACAUUCACAGACAAUUGAACUUAUUGUGCUCAGAUGGUAAAGCUUAAAAGGAGGAAUUUUAUUGCGAAAUGUUGUGCUAUAUAUUGACUGCUUCAAAUGCUACACUUUUUAAGAAGUUACUUUAUAGAUGAUUUAUCUAACAUUUGUUUGCAGAAUACAUACAAUGUAUGAAAUAAUAAACAUACAUGAUUACAAGUCAUCUUAAAA